UUAAAAUUAAAGAAUUAAAAAUUAAUUGAACUAAAGUACAAAAAAAUUGUUGUAAAAAGAAAUGUCUUUUCUCAGCAACAACUUGAGACGCUUCAAAUUAGUGACUUUCGACGUCACAGGCACUCUCCUGAAGUUCAGCAAGCCUCCAGCGGUGCAAUAUCUCGAGACAGCAGAAACCUUCGGGAUCAAAACUCUCUCAGAAGAUGCGCUUGCCAAAUCAUUUCGGAAAAAUUUCCGACUUAUGUCUCGAAAAUAUCCAAAUUUUGGCUGUAAUUCGUCCAUAGAUUGGUUCGGAUGGUGGCGAAUGUUAGUAAUGAAUACCAUAAACGACUCUUCAACAGUUGAAUUGAAUCAAAAUCUCGUCAAUAACGUUGCCCAUAAACUCAUCGAACAAUACGAGACAGCCGAGUGUUGGACAAAAAUCGAUCAUGCUGAUGAAAUUAUCGAAAAAAUCAGGAAAGCAAGGAAAGAAAUUGGAGUCAUCAGCAAUUUCGAUCCUCGUUUAAGUAAAAUUUUGAAAAACAUGAAAUUUUCGGGAAUUGACUUUGUUGUUACCUCAUACGAAGCAGGACGAAUGAAACCGGAGAAGGAAAUUUUUGACAGGGCUUUGUUCAAAUGCUAUGAACUUCCGAUGCAAUAUCAAGCUUUGCACAUUGGAAAUGAAAUUGGAUUGGAUUGUAAGGGAGCAAAUGAAGCAGGAUGGUCUGGAGUGAUUAUCAGACCGACAGAAGGAAUGAAAGAAAAAGAAAGUUGGAUUCAAUGCCCGAUUUAUAAUUCACUCGGGGAAUUUUUGGAAGCAUUAGAGACCAAAAAUAUCGCUUUAUAGUUCAAAAUUACUUUAUUUGAGGAAUUUCUUUAAGAAUAAAAAGUUUUUAAUUUACCAUAAGACCUCGUUAAAUGCGUGGUGUUACUUUCAAUUUCACACUCAUUGACUUCCGACAAAAGUUUUCCUCUUCAAAACUACGUUUUUUUACAUGCCACGAGAGAAAAAGUUCAAGAGCAUAUAAUUAAUGCAGUCUUGUUUUAAUUCAGCAGCCACAUCAAAAACGAAAAAAAGUUAAAAUGAACUUUUUUCUUCCGUUGCGGCGGAGUGAAGAACAUCAUAGAUUAGUGUUCUGGAAGCGUAAAACACGGAAAUUGCAUAAUAAAUACUUGAAGAUGUUCUUGUAGAAUUUUCUCCUCGAGAGUAUGUUAUAGAGUACUCUAACAA